AUGACUAAACCAAAGCGGACUCGCGCAAGCAACUUCAACCCCAUCGAAGAUGAACAACUGGCCCGUAGCUGGAUUGAGAUCUCGAAGGACAUUAUAACCAAUAACUCGCAGACCAUCGGAUCCUUCUGGGUACGAGUACAAGAAACAUUCAAAGGCCUCUCAGGCAUGCACAAGGAGGUUGCCACUUUAACAAAUCGGUUAGCUAACCCGGACUUUUAA